AUGGUAAAUUCAGAGAACGGCCAGGGCACGGUCCUACCCCAUGAGGGGAGGAGGCCCUGGUGCAAUCCACCAAUCGCCCAGCGGGAGGUCCUGAACUGCCCAUGGCUGAAGCCACGGGUGCCGGCGCGCCGCUCGCGCCACCCUAGGGUCAAGAAAUCAGCUAAGCUGAUCUCCAGACUCCUCAGAGCGAUACACCACCUGGAAGCAACCAGCGAGCACUUCUCCGGAGGCCCUCUACCACCUGGCUACCAGACCAAGACAAAGGAACUAAAAGCCCUCUUCACCCCAUUUAGAGCAUCAAACGACACCCUCAAUGAACUAACCAUCGCCACCACGCAAUGGCUCAGAAAGAACCAUGAGAUCCUGGAGAGACACUACAGGAAUGAGACAGAAUACACCCAACACAUCCUCUCUGAUUACACCAACUGCAGAGGUCGGGUACCUCGGCAGCAGAUGGGCAGAAGAACUCCUUCAAAGACCCCCACUACUACCUCUUCUGGAGAGCCUGCUGAACUCCCUCCCUCACCUUCAAGGAGACUGGCCAACCAGAGACAAUGGCCAAUUCGUCCCCCACUCACCCACACCCCCCAGGCAAUCCUGACAGAACCAGCCACCUACAGAUCAAGACUGCCCCCAACCCACCGCCCGACCACUAGUACGGCCCAACCCAACCCCAGCACGGACCCCACCCAGACCAGGGAGACCGCACCUGAGGAAACCAAGGCUCAACCCACUACCUCUGAGCUCACAACACUCCACCCCACCCUGGACAGAGACCACCACCUACCAGAACCUACAGACCCGCCAGCACCAACUACCUACAGAAAGACCAAGAUACAACUCAACCAUUACUCCAAGAUACCCAUGAACUCUCCCAGCAGGCUAGAAGAGAGAACACAACAGCCACCAGACGCCACUCAACCAGACACAAGAGGCACCACUACCCUCCACAAGGAAGAAGACCACCAGUACAACACUACCGUGGCACCUCUUCUUCUACCUUCUCCACGAUCCUCCACCACAAUGACGAACACCAGACAACAUCGAAAGGGACACAACACCCCCAGGAUCAACCAACCACCGCCCAACAGCAAGACCAUCACACCAUCACAGACCAAGAGCAGCUCCUCCACACCUCAACCCUCCACCAGCAAUGACUCCUCUACACACUCGUCUAGAAACAUCGCCACCACCACCUCCUCCACCGCCGCCGACUCCUCAUCAUCAUCAUCCCUCUCCUCCUCCACCUUCUCAUCCUCGAUGUGCUCCCAUCACCACCCAAAACCUCUGCCAUUGCGGACCAACCCAACACCUACACCUACCACAUCCCAUCAUAAAAAAUGA